ACUGUUGUUUUGGAUAAAAAGUGUGCACCGGUUUUAUGAAAUGUUGACUGUCUGUACUGGCUUCUUUCGGUGAAUUAAAAAAAGAAGUGAUGUGAGAGACAUUUCAUUUAGCAAACGGCAACAUGGAAGUAGCUGUUACAAAAGUGAUACAAUGGUUCAACGAACUGAGAUCCCGUUUUCAUCUUUAUUUGUACGCUCAAAAUCUUGGUCCCAUAAGGGCGGAAAAUGGUGCGUCCCAAGGUGACGAUCAGCGGUCUUCGCACCAACAUGAUAGCAGUGAAGAGAGGGUGGUUUUCGUAAAUGCUCCUCAUCAGCCAGCGAAAUAUAAAAACAAUCGCAUUUCUACCGCGAAGUACUCAUUACUUUCGUUUAUACCUAUGUUCCUUUUUGAACAAUUUCGUCGGUACAGUAAUUGUUUCUUCCUAUUCAUCGCCCUCAUGCAGCAAAUACCGGAUGUGUCACCAACAGGUCGAUACACAACUUUGGUUCCAUUAAUCUUCAUUCUUAGUGUAUCUGCAUUAAAAGAAAUAGUUGAGGAUAUUAAAAGGCAUAGAGCAGAUGAUGAAAUAAAUAUGCGUGAAGUGGAAGUUUUAAGGGAUGGUCACUGGCAGUGGAUACAGUGGAGAAAUGUUGCUGUUGGUGAUGUUGCUAAGGUUAUAUCUUAUACCCUGCUAGAAUUAUUGGCAUCAUCGGAGCCACAGGGUAUGUCUUUCAUAGAGACUGCCAAUUUGGACGGAGAAACAAAUCUGAAGAUAAGACAAGCCCAUCCUGACACUGCCAGUAUUUUAGAUACUGCAGAAUUAAUGAAUUUUCGUGCAAACAUUCAGUGUGAACCACCAAACAGGCAUUUGUAUGAAUUCAAUGGAGUAUUGAGAGGAACCAACAGACAAAGUGUACCUUUGGGACCUGAUCAAGUAUUACUUCGUGGAGCAAUGUUAAGGAAUACACGUUGGGUGUUUGGCGUAGUCAUCUAUACAGGCCAUGAUACAAAACUUAUGCAAAACAAUACUACAACUGCACCCUUGAAAAGAUCCACUUUGGAUCGACUGACCAAUACACAAAUACUCAUGUUAUUCUUUAUUCUUCUUUUGCUGUGUAUUUUAUCUGCAGUAUUUAAUAUUAUUUGGACUAAAGCUCAUAAUGAAGGAUUAUGGUAUUUAGGUUUGCAAGAGGAAAUGACGAAAAACUUUGCUUUUAAUCUUUUAACGUUUAUUAUUUUAUUCAAUAACUUAAUACCCAUUUCAUUACAAGUCACAUUGGAAGUAGUAAGAUUUGUUCAAGCUACAUUUAUUAAUAUGGAUAUUGAAAUGUACCAUGCAGAAACAGAUACUCCUGCAAUGGCUCGUACAAGUAAUCUUAAUGAAGAACUUGGUAUGGUUAAUUACGUUUUUACUGAUAAAACUGGAACUUUAACAAGAAAUGUAAUGGAAUUUAAACGAUGUUCAAUUGGUGGUAAAAUGUACGAUUUGCCGAUUCCAAAUUCUAAUGGUGAUGAAGAUAGUAGUAGUAUCAAUAGUGAGCUAGUUAGAGAUAUUGUCGAAGGAAAGUUGCUAGAAGGUUCUUCUCGUCCCGCUGAUAAAAAGGCUGCGAACCAUGCAAAAAUAGUGCAUGAGUUCAUGAUUAUGCUCUCCGUGUGUCAUACGGUAAUUCCCGAGAAGAUCGAUGAUACUAUAAUUUAUCAUGCUGCAUCGCCAGAUGAAAGGGCCCUAGUAGAUGGAGCGCGUAAAUUUAAUUACGUAUUUGAUACUAGGACACCCGCUUAUGUGGAAAUAAUAGCCUUGGGUGAAAGACUUCGAUAUGAAGUAUUAAAUGUAAUAGAAUUUACGUCAGCGAGAAAACGAAUGUCGAUAAUUGUAAAAACACCAGAUGGAAAAAUCAAACUUUUUUGUAAAGGAGCUGAUUCCGUUAUAUACGAAAGAUUAGGUUCAGCUCCCGUAGAAAAUAGUGAUCCUGAUCAGGAAGGCUUGGACGAUUUUCGAGAUGUAACUUUAGAGCAUCUGGAAACAUUUGCAUCCGAUGGUUUAAGAACACUUUGUUUCGCUGUUGCAGAUAUACCUGACAGUUUUUACCAGUGGUGGCGUGAAACGUAUCACAAUGCAACAAUUAGUAUGGGGAACCGUGAUAAUAUGAUUGACAUUGCCGCGAAUCUUAUUGAAACAAAGUUAAGAUUAUUGGGAGCAACUGCUAUUGAAGAUCAAUUACAAGAUCAGGUACCAGAAACGAUACAGGCUCUUUUACAAGCUGACAUUAAUGUUUGGGUAUUAACCGGAGAUAAACAAGAAACGGCUAUUAACAUCGGCUACUCUUGUAGAUUGAUUACACACGGAAUGCCAUUGUAUAUCAUUAACGAAUCAUCUUUAGAUAAAACAAGAGAAGUUAUAAUACAGCGUUGUCUUGACUUCGGGAUCGAUUUAAAGUGUCAAAAUGACGUAGCUCUUAUUAUAGAUGGAAAUACGUUAGAAUUUGCAUUAUCCUGUGAUACUAGAAUGGACUUUCUGGAUUUAUGUUCGUCUUGCAAGGUUGUUAUCUGUUGCAGAGUGUCGCCAAUGCAGAAAGCUGAGGUGGUUGAUUUAAUUACGAGUAAUAAAAAAGCUGUGACACUUGCAAUUGGAGAUGGUGCAAAUGAUGUAGCAAUGAUCCAGAAAGCCCAUAUUGGUGUUGGUAUUUCUGGCGUUGAAGGUCUUCAAGCAGCUUGUGCUUCUGAUUACUCUAUUGCGCAGUUUCGUUUUCUGAAACGCUUAUUGCUCGUUCAUGGCUCGUGGAACUACAGUAGAAUGUGUAAACUAAUACUGUAUUCGUUCUAUAAAAAUAUUUGUCUGUAUGUCAUUGAACUGUGGUUUGCUAUUUACUCCGGCUGGUCCGGGCAAAUCCUUUUCGAGCGAUGGUCGAUCGGUCUUUAUAAUGUUGUAUUUACAGCAGCACCUCCAUUAGCUAUGGGACUUUUUGAUAAAGUAUGUUCCGCGGAUACUCAUUUAGCUCAUCCAGGAAUGUAUGCCACGAAGAAUACUGGUGAAUCAUCGUUUAACAUUAAGGUGUUUUGGAUUUGGAUAGCAAAUGCUUUAAUACAUUCAUCUCUCCUUUAUUGGCUAUCACUAAUGGCUCUAAAAGAAGGCGUGGUAUGGGGAAACGGUCGAGAUGGUGGUUACAUCGUUUUAGGAAAUUUUGUGUAUACUUAUGUUGUAGUGACAGUAUGUGGCAAAGCGGGAUUAAUAAUAAACUCCUGGACGUGGGUUACUCAUUUAGCAACGUGGGGAUCUAUUGUGCUAUGGUUCUUAUUUAUUUUUAUAUAUAGUAAUUUCUGGCCUCCUUUAAAUGUGGGUGCAGUGAUGUUAGGCAAUGAUAGGAUGCUGUUUUCUUCGCCUGUUUUCUGGCUGGGUUUGGUACUUAUACCAUCAGCAGUACUACUUCUGGAUGUUACAGUUAAAGCAGUGAAGAAUACAGUGUGGAAAUCCGUAACUGCGGCAGCUAGGGAAAACGAGAUACGGAAAUCUGACCCCGGGGACAUAUUCAACAGCCAUGACUAUAGAAGCUCAUUGACGGAGACAGCGAGACUACUGAAAAACGUAAAAAGUGUAUUCUCCAGGCGAUCAAACGCCGCCUCCAGAGUUAAUGUCGAGGUGGAGCUAUCACAGACUAAUAGGUUGCGCUCUUUAUUGUUGCACAUGCUGCACGAUGCAGAUGGAUUCGCGUUCUCUCAAGAGGAAGGAGGCUCGGUGACACAGACGGAUGUAAUCAGAGCUUACGAUACAAAUCUUCCGAAACCUGGCGGCAUGUGAUCUUAAUCUAUCUACAGAAAGAAAGAAAAACAAAAAAAAAAAAAACAAAAAAAAA